UUGAAGACGUGUUCUCACGUCACCGAUGGGAAGGAUCUGUAUCAUUUCCUAGCUAGCUAGUGAUCCAACUCGCAUAUCUAAACAAUGAAUUUCAGUUGGGAAAGUUUAGGCAAGUUAGUUAAUCAACCUGAUAAGUGAUCUUUCCUGGAUGUUUUAGUAGUACAGUAGCUAUCUUCUAGAAAAGAUAAAUAAACACAAGUAGAUGGUCAGCUAGCUAGCUAACUUAACCGCGUUGACAACUGAGUGACCUGUCAGUCAAGCUAGCUAGGUAUCUAACGCGAUUUACGGAUGUAAGGUCAGGAGAAGGUUCUUUUCUACAGCUAAAGCAUCUCCGUCUAAUUUAGGUAGGAGCUACCUAGCUAUGUGUCCAGAUAAUAUAACAACGUUAGCGAACGUUUACUAACAAGCUAGCUAUAGGACUACUAGUAGUUACAUUUACACUCACAGGCUAGCUAAACACUGCCUAGCUACUUAGCUAGCUACUCUACGGCUUUGAUAGGUACUACAGCAAUCUAUUGCCACAGAGUACUUUCAGGCAAAGAUGUCUCGGAGGCGGCAUGACAGCCGUAAUGGAUUUACUGGUCUGCUUGGAGAUAUUCAAACCCAUAUUAAUACGGAACCGAUGGAUAGUGUGUACGAAAUAACCGGCGAGUUGGGCAGGGGGAAAUUUGCGGUGGUGAAGAGAUGUGUGGAGAAGUCCACCGGAAAGGUGUUCGCUGCCAAAUUCCUUCGGAAGCGGCGGCGGGGCCGCGAUUGCCGGGCCGAAGUAGUGCAUGAGAUGGCUGUGCUGGAGGCUGCCCGUAACAACCCCCGCGUGGUCAACCUACACGCUGCGUACGAGACGGAUCACGACAUCGUCCUGCUACUGGAAUAUGCUGCAGGGGGUGAGAUCUUUGACCACUGUAACUGUGAUGAGCCUCUCCCAGAGGGCCACAUCACACGGCUGAUCAGACAGACGUUGGAGGGUGUCCACCUCCUCCACCAGACCAGUGUGGUGCACCUGGACCUCAAGCCCCAGAACAUCCUCCUGACCAGCCUGGCUCCGCUUGGGGACAUAAAGAUUGUGGACUUUGGCCUGGCACGCAAACUGGGCAUGGUUGGAGAGCUCAGAGAGAUCUUGGGCACGCCCGAGUACGUGGCCCCAGAGAUCCUGAACUAUGAGCCUAUCACCACAGCAACGGACCUGUGGAGUGUAGGUGUAAUAUCCUACAUGCUGGUGACGGGCGAGUCUCCAUUUGCAGGGAGUGACAAGCAAGAGACGUACCUGAACGUGUCCCAAGUCAAUGUGGACUACAGCCAAGAGGCCUUCUCUAGAGUGUCAGAACUCGCCGUUGACUUCAUCCGCAAGCUGCUUGUCAAAACCCCAGAGGACAGGCCAAGUGCAGCGGACUGCAUGACCCACCCCUGGCUGUGGCAACAGUAUCAGUAUCCAAGCAUCGAGCCCAUCACACCACGUACGCCCCGAGAGAGGAGCAGCGGUACCAAGUGGGCCGCCCAGCCGGAGGACCCAGAGGACAAGGAGAACUUCGCCUUGGACUCACCCCACACCUAUGCCAAGAGAUUUCGCUUUGAGGAAGAGCCUCCCACUGCCACCAAUGGUGGAGAUGGGGACUUUUGAGUGGGAAAGAACACAUUUCCCCCACCUUCCUGUUUUGCUUUUAUUGGUUUUAUGCAGAAGGGAACCUGCCGGGGGAACUUUUUGCCUGCUCAUGAGCGCUUCUGUCCCGUCUAUCGCUCACUCAUUUCUGGAGCGUACAGCCAAACCAAAGAUAACCCACUUCAGUUGUGAUCUAUUGUCAGUUUGUCAUUGUUUCAUUGUGGAAUUUAUAUUCCUAAGUGAUACAUCGGUUCCAGAGUUGAGUUAAGAUGAGCAAUUUUAUUGUUAGACAUUUUUGGUCCCUUUCCAGGGUUUUUUUCUUAAUUUUGUCACUGAAUAUAUAGAGGCAGACCGAUAUCUCAAAGGAAAUCUAUGCAAUACUGUUUUGCAAUAACUAUGAACUGUUUUACAAUAACUAACUUUAACUUUAAAUUACUACUUGACAGCUUUUGUCAGAAGGCAAGUCUGUGGUCGUAAGUGUUCUUAGAUGUGCCAAAGUGUUCUUUGAGUAUUUUGCGCUUGAACCAUUUGACAGAACACUGAGUUAAAUUUGAGGAAGUGAAAGUAAAGUGUUUCUUCCCAGCUGUACAUCACCCCCCUACUCUCAAACAUGCAUCCGCAUGGGGCCAUGGCUUAGGAACAGAAGCAUUUUACUUCCCCCUUGAGACAUUCCCUUCUGUUUCUCCUGCCCAUUCGCAUCUGAAAGUGCAGGGAUGUUAUCAAAGACAAGUUUUCACACAGUACCAGGCCCUGGCCUGCCUACAUAAGUGAGCCAGGGAUUCACAUUGGUGUCUGUAUUACAGUGUUUGUUGACCCCAUGGGUUUACAAGCCUACAGUAAUGUGGAGGUGAUUUAAAAGGGCUCUGUAAAAAGAUGACUCAUGGGAUGGAUCACGCACCACACCCGUGCUUACUCAAAAUGUUUCUUCAAAUGUUGUCAGUUCCUAUUUAGUCAUUCCCUUAGGGUACAUGUGACGGAAGCACUUAACUAUUUAUCUUCUGGGUAUUUUAUUGAUUCCAUAGCUGGGAGGUAGCUAUGCCCUUUGUUUUUAAUUCCAUAUAUGUUUUCGAAAGUGUCCCUUGAUCACAACUUAUUUCCUGACAUUCACCAAAGUGAUCUAUCUAAUCUGCAUUCUUUUAAUCAGCAUUAAAAAGCUACUGUAUUUGUCUAUGGCUAGGAAGCCUUUAAAAGCUCAGUGGGAUUCAGGUAAAUUUGGGAAGUAUGGUAGUCUCUGUACGGAGACAAUUCAACUCCGUCCUGUUCGUCUGAUCAUUCCAUUUCUUUUUCAUCUCAGGGCAAAUGGCCGAACGCUCGGUCAAUACUGUUGAGUGCCUCUUUACAUUAACUGAUAUAUUCUAUAUUCUAACUCUGUUCUCAGUGUAUUUAUACAGUGGGAUGGUGUUUUGUUUAUAUUUAGAUGUGUGUACUGUAUGUGCUGCUUUAACUGGAUUCAGAUGGGUUUGUUGAGAUACUGGUUGCAUUGGAUAUAGUAUUGAUGGCACCUCUCAAAGCUGUUUUGUUUAAAAGUUCAUGUACCCAGUGUGUCCAUGUGCUGUUUUAACUGGAAUUAGAUGGGUUCAUUAAGAAGAUACGGGUUGCAGUAUUGAUUGGGUUAUACUAUUGUUGUCAAUUUUCAACAAAAUGCUGUAUUGUUUUGGCCACAGGUGACAUGAAAUGGACAUUUGCUUUGGUUAUGAAGUGGUGAUUGCUAUUUAUGCAUGGAAGGUUUAGAAAAGUAAUUAGAGAUGGACUUUUGGAUUUGAAA